UUGACACGCACACCUGUACCUCAAUAGACCCCAUGAAUUCGAACAGGCAGUCCUUAUCAAUGAAUGCCCGCCAUCACCCCAACUCACCCACCCAAAUUACAGAAACCAUUGACUGAACCAACGGCAAACCGAUACCUCUGGCCUAUAGAGACUAUCUCGAGGCAUUCUUCGUCUGCCGAGUUCAAGAACAACACACAAGUGGCCGUAAUGAAAUGUGAAUAGCCUUGGCAAAUAUGAGCCAACAAGCCAACUUAUGCUGGGUGUAAAAAUGAAAACCGCAUGCUGUAUUUAAGAGCGGCGGGAAAACACUUUCUCUUUCGCGCCUGCUCGCUCGUUCAAUUUCUUUUCAGGCAUCCUGGGCUCGGGAAAAAGGAUGCCGACAAGCAACAAUUUUCAUUGAUAAAAACACCAGCAGCUGGGUCCUGAAACUCAGUCGCACGCGAGUCUUCAGUCAGUCAGUUGGACGCUCUGGGAUAUUACGGAUGUAUCUUAAUCCCAAAGCCAUUGGCGGUAUAAUUAAAAAUUGCGUAUACGCCGCGUGUCAACAAGUAAUAGCUUAACCAUCGCACUCAAAGCCGCUUAGUCGUCAAAGGAAAGGCUUAAAAACUCUGGUGGUUAUAUUUUUAAAGCAUACCCUAUAACUUAUCCGGGUAAUCGCCGGAAAUUGAGUUAAAGUUUUUCGUGUCCGGUUGGCGCCACUUGGCCAUUGGCGUUGACCAACUUUUGGACCUCGCUGAUGAUAAACUGAGAAGUAAACUUUGUAAGGACUCAGCUCUAUUCGGAACCAAGUGGUCUUGGAAAUAAAAAAUUCAGAAUUGUAAAGGACACAAUUCGGUGGAAAAUCAGUUGCAAUGCUGGAAUGCACAAAGGGAAAUCAGUAAAGUGACCUUUUUAGUUCACGAAAACAAGAUAACUCAAUAAUCACGGCAGGGUCACCGGCGGAGAGCUAAUUGCAGCUAACCCCAUUGGCAUUUAGCAAACGGAAAAUGCUUCGUGACCGCUGCAACCACAUAGCACCACCACCAUCCGCAUCCGCAUCGGCAUCCGCGUCCACAUCCGCAUCCACACCAGUGGAACUGGUGGCAUCCCCGCCAAAUGCGGCAGUUGAGGCUCUGGCAAGUAAAUAAGCGCCAUUUUCGCGUCCACCUUUGCGGGCACGUUCUGGAUCCGGAUUGUUGGCUCUCCGAACUCGUAAAUUUUUGGGGCCUCAACCAAGUCAGUCAAGGCAUGGAGGCCAUCAUCAUGACGACCCUGCCCACACUGACGACGGAUGCCGGUGACAGCAGCAGCUUUUGGCUAACUGGAGCCCUCUCGCUCUCCGAAAUGUUGGCCAACUCGAGCCACGGCCCCACUGGAAGCACAUCCUCGUCGGCUGGAAAUCCAUCGGCGGCAUCAUCGGCGGUAAAUGUGGCCAAGGACCACGAGAAGCACGUGAAUGACAGCGUUUCUACGGGUCUAAGCAACUACAGUUCAUACCCCAGCUACAUUCACUACCGGGACAAAUACGACCUGAGCUACAUUGCCAAGGUGAAUCCCUUUUGGCUGCAGUUCGAGCCACCUAAGUCGAGCACAUUCCUGGUAAUGGCGGCCCUCUACUGUCUUAUAUCGGUGGUGGGAUGUGUGGGCAAUGCAUUCGUCAUCUUUAUGUUCGCUAACCGCAAAUCGCUGCGGACUCCGGCCAACAUUCUGGUGAUGAACCUGGCCAUCUGCGACUUUCUGAUGCUCAUCAAGUGUCCAAUUGCCAUAUACAACAACAUCAAGGAGGGACCAGCUCUGGGGGAUAUAGCCUGUCGCCUCUACGGAUUUGUGGGCGGCCUAAGUGGCACGUGUGCCAUUGGAACCCUUACCGCCAUCGCCCUGGAUCGCUACAAUGUGGUGGUCCACCCACUCCAGCCCCUGAGACGCUGUUCCCGCCUGCGCUCCUACCUAAUUAUCCUGCUAAUCUGGUGCUACAGCUUCCUGUUCGCGGUAAUGCCGGCCCUGGACAUUGGGCUAUCGGUAUAUGUGCCCGAGGGUUUCCUGACCACCUGCAGCUUCGACUAUCUCAACAAGGAGACCCCUGCCCGCAUCUUUAUGGCUCUGUUCUUCGUGGCGGCCUACUGCAUCCCGCUAACCGCCAUUGUGUACUCCUACUUCUAUAUCCUCAAAGUGGUCUUCACGGCGAGUCGCAUUCAAUCCAACAAGGACAAGGCCAAAACGGAGCAGAAGUUGGCCUUCAUUGUGGCGGCCAUCAUUGGAUUGUGGUUUCUGGCCUGGUCCCCCUACGCCAUUGUGGCCAUGAUGGGAGUCUUUGGCCUGGAGCGUCACAUAACCCCGCUGGGCUCCAUGAUUCCCGCGCUUUUCUGCAAAACGGCAGCCUGCGUGGAUCCCUACCUGUAUGCGGCAACCCAUCCGCGGUUUCGCGUCGAGGUAAGGAUGCUGUUCUACGGACGCGGGGUCCUGAGAAGGGUCUCCACCACCAGAUCCUCGUAUAUGACACGAUCCCGAUCCUCGUUCACCCACCGAUUGCGCAGCAGCAACACCGCUGAGGGAGGUGGCCAGGGGGAUCACCGGAUGGAGACCUAUCUGAUGAACAACAACCUGAUGAUGGUGCCCGAGGAGACGGAGGAGAACGAGGAGAUCGUCGUGGUGGCUGAGAUCAACAAUUCGGUGAGCAGUGUCAUGGAACAGAGUAAGUUCUGAAGGAUCUCCAAAAUAAAACCGGAUCUGCGAGGAAAGAAAGCGAGUAUUCUAUUAUUUAAAUCUCCACCAAAACUAAGUCCUACCUAAUUUUUGAUGUUUUCAAUACAAUCUUAAAUAGCCAAGGGAAUUAAUAGCUAUACCUAGUAUACAAUUUGCCCAUCUGAAUAAGUAACAUUUUCAUUGUUCAUUAAAAACUUUCGUGUAUUGUAUCACAAUAGAAUCUAUCAUGGGAAAAUCCGCAAUAUUAUUAAGUCUGAUUGAUAUGACUAAUCAUAAAUAGUAUGGAUCGACUCAAGUUUCAUUGUUGGUCUAAUCAAACUUGCAUGUGGAAAUAACCGACCGAGCAGCAGGACUUAGUCCAAGUAAUUUCUCUUUCCAACACCAGAUGGCCAUGGCAUUGUUGAGUGGGCUGAAUGCAAUGUCAUUGAUGGACCUACAAUUGAAGUGAAAAUAAUAAAUAGAAAUGAAGCAGGGAUAUCCGCCGGGCAGUGGGAAUUGGACAAGGAGCAACGACAGUAGUGAUAGUAACCAUAUUUAAUGAGCUUAUGUGAUGUUUAGACAGAGGGGGGAUUGAAUGUAGAAUGGACACCAGAUUCGAUUGACGUAUAGACAGCCGAUAAAUAGUGGGUGUACUAUUAUAUGGAGCCCAAAGGGAUAUCGAAAUUAGUACAAAGAUGUGGUGGCGAGCGGGGAUUAGAGACCGAAAUGGUAAUUUGAUAGGGAAAUUAUACAUAAUUUCAGGGAAAGUCACUCAGAACUAAGGUCAAGCCUUGGGUAUUGAAUGCCAGCAAGCGGACUUGCAGAUUGUUUGCAUUGCAUUGUUUAGUAUUUGGGGAUAGAACAAUCAUAAAAGAUUGCGGGCUCAUUGUAUUUCAAUUGUAUUAUUGUAUAAUGACAAAUUAAACUAAUUGCGUUUAUAUCUCAAUGUCUAAACCGCUGGCGUAUCUGUGUAUCUUAUAGGUAUUAUAGAUUGUAUACAAUGUCUACUCUAAAAUCGAACUAAGCAAACGACUUUGAUAAAGUCAACGAGUACUUGUACCUGUAAGAAUAAUACGAAGAAGCGAUGGUUUGCAACCAAGCCAAACAUAUAACGAAUUUAUACUCUUGAUACUUACUUAGCCG